CAGGGCCGCAUUGCCGCUCCGCUGGCGAAGUCAUUGCUUGGACGUGACCCUCACUACCCAGGGACCUUCGCGUGAAGCACCCUAACCCUUCGUGCACGUAUUCGGAGGAUUUUGGCAUCAGUGACAUCGAUCUGACAUGCAGGGCGCUAUGAUGGGUUCCCCGACUUCUACUCCCGUAGAUGCGUGCCGCGCGACGACGUGCAAUGCGUGCGGCAAGACGACGUGGACGGGCUGCGGGCUGCACAUUGAGCAGGCGCUGAAGGGGGUCAAGGACGAAGACCGGUGCAAGUGCGAGCGCGGCGGGGCGAGAUGCGUCGUAGGGUAGAUACGUCGCAAGCUAGAUCUUCCAUAAGGUUAUCAAGUAGAAUACGCCCAAUCAAAGGCUGCAGACCACGCACAAUCAAGAGAUACGGUCGAGAUCUGGGGAG